GUGCUGAGACUAAAUCCGCGCUCGCGCACGAAAUCCAUUUACUCUCCGGUAGUAAGAGGCCCCUCACCGUGUCGAUUCUCUCCGUCUAUCAGACGAUCCUCCCGGUUAGACCCCCCCUCUGUCAGACGGUGACUCGGCCUGAGAGCGGCGGAGGUCCCUCGGUGAAACUCUCUGACGGAGCAGGACCGCUUUGUGGAGGAAGAAUGGCGGAUUCGAGCAGCACCGCAGCGGCCGGGGCCGAAGCCUCCAACAGCGCCGCUGCUGCUGCCGGGGCGGCGGGCAAGGCUGCGCCCGAUGCACCGCCCGCUGCUGCGGCAACAACGAAGACCGAGACCGUGAAGGGCCAGAACUUUGACGUGGGACCCCGCUACACGAACCUCGCGUACAUCGGGGAGGGGGCUUACGGGAUGGUCUGCUCCGCGAUGGACAACGUGAGGAGCCAGCGCGUCGCCAUCAAGAAAAUCAGCCCGUUUGAGCACCAGACGUACUGUCAGCGCACACUCCGAGAAAUCAAGAUCCUGCUGCGUUUCCACCACGAGAACAUCAUCGGCAUCAACGACAUCCUGCGAGCGCGGCACAUCGACAACAUGAGGGAUGUCUACAUCGUGCAGACUCUGAUGGAGACCGACCUGUACAAGCUGCUGAAGAGUCAGCGGCUGAGCAACGACCACAUCUGCUACUUCCUCUACCAGAUCCUGAGAGGCCUCAAGUACAUCCACUCUGCCAACGUGCUGCACCGCGACCUCAAGCCCUCCAACCUGCUCAUCAACACCACCUGCGACCUCAAGAUCUGUGACUUUGGCCUGGCGAGGAUAGCCGACCCGGAGCAUGACCACACGGGUUUCCUGACCGAGUACGUGGCCACGCGCUGGUACAGAGCUCCAGAGAUCAUGCUCAACUCGAAGGGUUACUCCAAGUCCAUCGACAUCUGGUCAGUGGGCUGCAUCCUGGCUGAGAUGUUGUCCAACCUGCCUCUCUUUCCCGGCAAACACUACCUGGACCAGCUCAACCAGAUCCUGGGCGUCCUCGGCUCUCCGUCUCAAGAGGAUCUGAACUGCAUCAUCAACAUGAAGGCGAGGAACUACCUGCAGGCGCUGCCGCCCAAAGACAAGGUCCCGUGGGAGAAGAUCUUCCAGGCGGACUCAAAGGUUCUGGACCUGCUGGGCCGCAUGUUGACCUUUAACCCCAUCAAGCGCAUCAGCGUGGAGGAGGCUCUGGCUCACCCGUACCUGGAGCAGUACUACGAUCCCACCGAUGAGCCGGUAGCAGAGGAGCCCUUCACCUUCUCCAUGGAGCUGGACGACCUCCCCAAAGAGAAGCUGAAGGAGCUGAUCUACGAGGAAACGGCUCGUUUCCAGGCAACCUACCAGGGCUCCUGAGACACACAGCCCUAAAGGUUGACGAAGCCACGCUGAGGCUUGGAACAAGAAGACCGCCCCCUCCCCCCUAACGUUGCGCUAAAAACAAAAGAAAAAAAUGCAUCUUCAAGAAAGCAACAAAAAGAGAAAAAUAUGAACAUUUAACAGCUUUUCUUUCCAUUUCUACUGCAAGAGAGCUGCGGGUCACUUCUGCUCUCUCUCCUCUCACCUCACCUUUGUUACCUGUUCCAUCUUUCCCCGUCUGCAGUAACUCCUCCCCCUCCUCCUCCUCCAUCAGACGUCUUUCUUUCCUCCUGCUGCUGCGUCCUCUCUCUCCUCUCUGUCACUCCCUCUCGUGUGGAAACACAAACUGCUGUAUUAACCGACAUCAUAACGCUCUGUGUGAAGAACAACCUGGAGGACUCGAGGGCUAACAGAACGGGGAAGCUAACCGGGUGUGUUCAUGUAUAUACAAAUGCAUAUAGAAGCUUUUUUUUUUCUUUGUUGGUCUUUUUUCGAGUGCUUGUUGCCGUUUUUUGUUCGUUGUUUACGUGUUUGCGGAUCCGCUCGGGGUCGUCUCUGUUUGGUUUCUAUCUGCUUUAACUUUUCUGAAAUUUUGAUUUUCGAGGUGAACGUUGGAUGUGUUUACCGGCAUGUUGGCGGCUUUAGAAGAUUCCUUUUGCUGUCGCUUUCUCUGAAGAAGAAUCUUUGUACGAUCCUCGUGUGAAUGCAUGAACUCCCUGAAAUGAACCAAAGUGGCUGAGCGAUGCAGAAACCAGGCGGGGGCGCCGUCUAAGAAAACAUUUUUUUAUUAUCGUUUUUGAGUUGUUCCUUCAACGCUUCACGUCGACCUAAAAAUGUGUUCAAAAGGACGGAUUCGGAGAAAUCCCUUCACCUGUCGAGGUUUGUUUACAUUCAUACAGUUCGAACAAAUCAGAAAAGAAGAUUAGUUUUAUUUUCUGGUAUUUUAGAGAUUUAUCAGGAAGUCGUUCGGUCAGUAAGAUGUCAAAAAUUAAAAAAACACGGGGUUAACGUCGAUCAGCGGGGAAAUGGCAAAAACCACAACUUGCAGAUCAUCGGCUUAGUGUCAUAGCAGCGAGGAAGGAAAGACAAUAAUCAUGUUUUUAAAAGCUUCAGUCAGAGUCGUUGGUGGUUAUUUUAACAGUCGACGGGUACUCGAUUCAUUCGUUGCAGCUCCAUCAGAUGGAUUCUAAUAGAUUUCCUGUUUCCUCGGAUACAAAAACACUGACAUCUCAUUUUCCAGAAUCCUUCAGGUUUGUUGUUGAGUUUUCUGAUUUAGAGUCGACUUAAAACGAUUGUUUUGGACACACAGCAUUCCCUUAUUUUAAGUGUUCCACAAAACCAGCUGAUCCAGAGUCAGUAUUACAUUCCGAGACGAGAGCCGUGUUCUGGACACCUUCAACCUUUACCUCCCCGUCAUGACUCUCAUUCUUCGUUUCUUCCUCCCCGGAGAGAUUCAGAGUCUAACGUCUCUGUGAGGUCGGGGGCAGAAGCUAAACAACGUUAACUUGAUGUAGCUUAUUUUUUUUAACACACGCGGAGAGAAGAGGAAGUGAACUCUCCAACGGGCUCGAUCUGUUCGGCUUCACAGCUGCGUCUCCUCCCAGAGAGUCACAGGAGCUUUUUUCUCCAACAGAGUCAAAGUGUCCUCACAUUGAUUUAAAAAAAAAAAAAGAAGCUGUUUCUGUUCUUCAAUCUCUCAGAAACGUUCGGCCACACCCACAUGAAAGUCUCCGUUCUGUAGCGGGGGUCAGUAAAGUCUCCAUGUAGUCCCCGCUGCUUAGUUUCUCUGAAAGUCCCAGAGAGAAAGUUCCUGCAGUAUUAGUGUGACAUUUGAAUGAACAGAAUCAGAUGUCUGCAGACAGUCGUAAAUGUUUACAGGAGCAGCUCGUCGUCUUCUGAGGAAACGCUCCAUGUUGUUGAUUAAUGCUGCGACCAAAAUGAUGACGUUUAUAAAGCUGUCAGAAUCAAAUCACAAACGACAUAUCCUUAAGGUUAGGUGUGUAGUAUUUUAAAGUCCAUCCUGCAGUCAUCGGACACUUUUAAUAAUAUACCCGAAUAUAUUUAUUUUUUCUCCGUAACAUGACACAAACAAGUCUGGUUUCCCGACUUGAGGGGAUGUUUUGGUGAAAUGUGGAAGUCAGACACGGAUUUUUCCGACUCUCCAAAAUUGUUUCCCACUUUUUUAAGAAGUCCUAAACUCGUACAUGACUUGAACGCAGCAUAAUAAUCAACAUCAGUGCUGUGACGUCGUUUCUGCUCAAGAACUUUUUAUUCCUGAUCCAGAAGUUCUUUUUGUUGCUCCAGUUUCCUCUCCUCGUCGCCGCGUCGCUCUGCAUGUGUGUCCUGUCUGUGUGCAUCGUUCCUGUCGUCUGUUAGCAUCUGCAGCCUCCUCUCUGUCGUCUGGAUGUGACUUUACUAACCCCCCCCCCUCCCUGCUCCAUGGGUCCAGCUCAGUCUGCACUGGUUUUCUUUUUAUUUGUUGCACGGGGACCAUUAAAGGAAAUGGACCAACACAUGCACUGGAUUCUGACCCGUGACGCUCAAAGACACUGAUCUCCUUCUACGUCAUCGUCUUGUUUUUCUCAGCCAGCACUCUUGGAGGCUUUUUUCUUUUUCUUUUUGGUGCAUGUUGUGAUGUAAAAUCUUUUUUGCGAAACCUCCUGACUCCCUCCUUGCUUUACUCAAAGGGCUGCCUCCCCCCCACCCUCCUCCUCUUUUCUGUCUGCUUCUCCUCAGUGGGAAUGUUAAACCCCGCCUCCUAAUCCAGAUCACUGACUCUGCUGCCAUCAGGAAACUCAUCGCCCCCUCCUCCUAUAGUCGCUGGAAACUCGCUCCGAUCAUGUAACCCAAUCAGCACGCCUGCACUUUGUCCUCCCAGCCACGCCUCCCCUCCCUCUGAGGUUAUCUUUGUCUGUUCCUCCUCGUCGUGCAUCCUCCUUCUCGUUCAGCUUUAAGUUUGGUCUGCCGUGUGUGAAUACUCAUGGAUCGUCUGCGUAUAAGCAUACCUGAAUCUGCUCCUCAGCAACAUGAAGCCAAGGCUCUUUUUGUCCUGUGUGUGUGUGUGAGUGUGACUGUGUGUUUUCUGAAAGUUUGUACAGCCCUCUCCCUGCAGGAUUUACUUUCCUUUUGUUUUCGGGACAACAACAAAAAAAAACAGUCGCAAAAAAACAUUUAGUUUGUAUAUUUUGUGCAGCAGAAAACCCGCCCCUGCUUCCUUUUCUUCUUCUUCUUUCUUCUUCGAUCUGCUGCCACACCAAACUUCUCCGACCCUGACGCACUCACACACACUCCCUCUCUUUCCGAGGCGUGUGUCAGUGUGUGUGUGUGUGUGUGUGUGUGUGUGUGUAAACAUCCACACAGUCCGGACCAGUCUGUCUUGAGGUUGUUGUUUUUAAUUGGCUGUUCUUAUUCUUGCUAUCGUUGUUAUUAAGGUGGGUUGUUGUAUUUUAUUUUUUACAUAAAAGGGAGCUAAAGUUGUAUCAUUUUUUUUUUUUUAAUUAUUAGUUUGUUAAUAACUGUAUUUUUUUUCUUCUCUGUUUUGGGCGUGAUUGUUUUUUGGCAGUGUUUGAAAUCUUUGCUUUGAUUUCCCCCUCAAAGAUCUUAUUCUAAGGAGUUAUUUUAAGAGAAGACAGACGUGCGUUCUUGAGGGUUCUAGUCUGUAUAUUCUAUGGGUAUUAUGAAUUAAACGAUUAACAAAGACGCUGAAUUAUAUACAUAUAAUUAAAUAAAAGUUCCUGAUACUGUUACA